GAUGAGAGAGGUGAUGAAGUGAGUGCGCCGGGUCAGAUUAGCUCAAGGAAGUCCUUAAAAUUAUCGCGUGUGUUAACAUUACUUUACAGUUGUAAUUUAUUAAAAACCUUUUGAAGAAUAAUUAAUAAAAAAAUAAAUUAAUAAGUAGUAUUAAUAAAAAUGGAUCCACGGAGGUUAACGGAAUAUUUACGUGCGACGAUUGAUCCAGCUCAGCAGAAAGAUGCGGAGGAUCAACUUAAUCAGAUUCAUAAAAUCAUUGGAUUUGCCCCGACGCUUUUGCAAGUUAUUAUGUCAGGAGAAGUCGAAAUGCCUGUUCGUCAGGCAGGUGUUAUUUAUUUGAAAAAUUUAAUAGUCUCUAAUUGGGCUGAUCGCGAGCCAGAAAAUGGUGUAGCACCAUUUAAUAUUCAUGAACAGGAUCGGGCGAUGAUACGUGAUUCAAUAGUUGAUGCAGUGGUUCACGCACCGGAACUCAUAAGAAUUCAACUGGCAAUGUGUAUUAGUAAUAUUGUCAAACAUGACUUCCCGGCACGCUGGACGCAAAUUGUUGAUAAAAUUACUAUUUACUUACAAAAUCCUGAACCUACUUACUGGCCUGGUGUUCUUUUAGCGCUUUAUCAACUGGUUAAAAAUUUUGAGUACAAGAAACCUGAAGAGCGAGGACCAUUAAACGAAGCAAUGACAUUAUUAUUCCCAAUGAUUUACGAGCUGAUAAUCCGCCUUUUACCAGACCCAUCAGAGCAAUCAGUUCUCCUCCAAAAACAAAUCCUAAAAAUAUUCUUCGCAUUGACUCAGUAUUCUCUGCCCUUGGAUUUAAUAUCCAAGGAGUCAUUUUCCCAGUGGAUGGAUGUGAUCCGACAAAUAGCAGACCGUCCAGUGCCCCCAGAAACAAACAACCCCGACAUAGACGACGACGAGCGCGCCGACUUACCCUGGUGGAAGUGUAAAAAAUGGGCCUUACACAUUCUCCACCGUGUAUUCGAAAGAUACGGUAGUCCCGGUAACAUCACCAAAGAAUACAAAGAAUUUUCCGAGUGGUAUUUACGUACCUUCAGCGCGGGUAUUCUCGAAGUAUUACUGAAAAUACUGGACCAGUAUCGCCGGCGUAUAUACGUAUCCCCGCGCGUAAUACAGCAGUCGAUAAAUUACAUAAACCAAGGAGUGAGUCACGCUUAUUCGUGGAAAUUCCUCAAGCCACACAUGUUUGAAAUAAUCCGCGACGUUCUAUUUCCCAUUUUAUCCUACUCAGCUUCCGACGAGGAACUUUUCACCAACGACCCUUACGAGUACAUUCGUCUUAAAUUCGACAUUUUUGAAGAUUUUGUAUCCCCAGUAACAGCAGCGCAAACCCUCCUACACUCAGCUUGCAAAAAGCGCAAAGAAAUGCUCCAAAAGACAGUUCAAUUUUGCAUUGAAGUCCUGACAAAUCCAACAGCAGAUCCCCGUCAAAAAGACGGAGCUCUUCAUAUGAUAGGCAGCCUCGCGGAUGUGUUGCUAAAAAAAAAUCUUUACAAAGAACAAAUGGACAAGAUGCUCAUGUCAUAUGUCCUUCCAGAAUUCAGCAGUCCUCACGGUCACAUGCGAGCACGUGCCUGCUGGGUGUUACACUACUUCUCAAAAAUAAAAUUCAAAGAAGAGCACAUUUUAAUAAACGCAACAAAAAUAAUUGUCCACUUACUAUUAAAUGACUCUGACCUACCAGUCAAAGUUGAAGCUGCUAUUUGCCUCCAGUCAUUAUUAUCAUCCCAGGAAAAAUCACAGAAAUGCGUAGAGCCAAUGGUCAAAAAUAUAACCCUUGAAUUAUUAAACAUCAUAAGAGAAACUGAAAAUGAUGAUCUAACGAGUGUUAUGCAAAAAAUUGUUUAUACGUAUACAAAACAAUUAACUCCGAUCGCUGUUGAAAUUUGCCAACACUUGGCGACAACUUUCAGCCAGGUUUUGGAGACAGAUGAAGGAAGCGAUGAGAAAGCUAUCAUGGCUAUGGGGUUGUUGAACACGAUAGCUACUUUAUUGUCUGUUAUGGAAGAUCAGCCGGAAAUAAUGGCUCAGCUUCAACCAACAGUCUUGAGAGUUAUUGCUCAUAUAUUUGGACAAAGUAUUAUUGAAUUUUACGAAGAAGCACUUUCGCUAGUUUAUGAUCUGACUGGUAAAUUUAUUUCUGAAGAUAUGUGGAAGGUACUUGAAUUAAUGUACCAGUUGUUCCAAAAAGACGGCUUUGAUUAUUUCACUGACAUGAUGCCGGCUUUGCAUAAUUAUAUUACUGUUGAUACUCCGGCAUUUUUGUCCAAUGAAAAUCAUAUUUUAGCUAUGUUUAAUAUGUGCAAAGCUAUAUUAACUGGUGACGCUGGAGAAGAUCCUGAAUGUCACGCUGCUAAAUUGUUAGAAGUAAUUAUUUUGCAGUGCAAAGGAAGGAUUGAUCACUGUAUUACACCUUUAGUCCAGUUGGUUUUAGAAAGAUUGACUAGAGAAGUUAAAACAUCGGAACUGAGGACAAUGUGCCUGCAGGUGGUUAUUGCUGCGCUUUAUUACAACCCCGCGUUGUGCCUACAAGCUAUGGAUGGGCUGCAAGGACAACUGGGACAGUCGACGGAGCCAAUUGCGUCGCAUUUUAUAAAACAGUGGAUUCAUGAUACUGAUUGUUUUCUGGGGCUGCAUGAUCGCAAGCUUUGUGUCUUUGGACUUUGUACAUUGAUCAGCAUGGGACCCAAUCGGCCACAGGCGGUAAAUGAGUGCGCUCAGCAGAUUAUUCCUUCGUUGAUACUUUUGUUUGAUGGGCUGAAACGCGCUUAUGCUGCUAAGGUUGCUGAAGAUGACGAUGAGGAUGGUGAUACUGAAGACAGCGAGGGCGACGAGGAGGUUUUGUCCUCUGAUGAGGAUGAAAUUGAUGACGCUAGUCAGGAAUAUCUGGAGAAGUUACAGGACAAAGUUACACGGUCUGCUGGACAGCAUGGGUUUAAUAUUAAUGCGUCGAUACAGGAUGGUGAUAGGUCUGAUGUUGAUGAUGAUGACUCGGAGUUUGAAGCUAAUGAAGAAACGGCGCUUGAGUGCUACAUUACUCCUCUUGAUUUUGAUGAGAAUAAUCAGGAUGAAUAUGUUGUUUUUAAGGAAGUUAUGCAAAACAUUGAAAGAACUGAUCAAGCGUGGUACGUAGCUUUAACUGGUCAUUUAACAGUAGAACAGCAAAAAGCCCUCCAGGAAGUAAUAUUGCUUGCUGAUCAACGUAAAGCGGCCUUAGAAAGUAAACGAAUUGAACAGAGCGGUGGAUACGCCUUUCAUUCACAGACUGUACCCACAUCAUUUAAUUUUGGUGGGAAGCCACCAGGUCGAUAAAAAAAAAUUGUCUAUGUGUUUUAGAUUUUUAGGUAAACAAGAAAUAUAAAUAAUGAAGAAUAAAAAUAAAAUAAUCAACUUAAAUAAUUAAAAUAAAAUUGUCAAUAAAUUCUUCACUUACGGCACUUGUAUCAUCGACCACUUUUAAAGGGUAAAAAAAUUACCUAAUUAUGCAUUUUCUAUUUACUAUUUUUAUGUAAAAUGAUCAACUGUACAUUACUAUAUAAAGGAAAAAAAAAAAAAAAAUAA